CUCCGUCGCAACAACAACAGACAGCCUAAAUAACGGCUGUCGAUUUCCAAACUCACUACCAUGCUACCGUUAGGCAUCCUCACCGCGGCGCAAGGCCACCCCAUGCUCGUUGAGCUCAAGAACGGCGAAACCCUCAACGGCCACUUGAUCCAAUGCGAUACAUGGAUGAAUCUGACGCUAAGGGAGGUUGUUCAGACCAGCCCGGAAGGCGAUAAGUUUGUGAGGUUACGAGAGGUUUACGUCAAGGGAAACAACAUCAAAUAUCUUCGAGUACCGGACGACGUGAUCGACAUUGCAAGGGAGCAGCAACACAGCCAACACGGUGGACACAGAGGCGGCCGCGGCGGCGGACAGAACAGAGGCGAUUAUGGCGGCCGUGGCGGCCGUGGCGGACGAGGAGGAGGCGACAGAGGUGGUCACAGGGGAGGCCGCGGCCGUGGCAGGGGCGCAUGAGGUGGAAUUCCAUGUUCUUGGGACAGCGAGCGAGGCUUAACGACCACCCAACGCAGGGAAGUACGGCUUUUGAUAAUGACAUGAUCGAUGAACGAGAGGCGCGAGGGGCCGCCGCCAUUGCGCGUAGGGGUGGAGAGCAUCAGCCAAGAAAGAAACAUGGGCUGCAUUUUGCACGGUCCGAAUGGGCUUUCACACGAAACCCAGGCGGGGUUGAAUGGGGCACGAAGGCCAUCUCCAGCGACAGACAUGCAUGAUGGCUCAUGGGCAGUCGUCGUGUGGGCUUCUUGGAAGAAGGCCUGGCUCGGACACAUAGACCGGACUAGGUGUUUGAUUCAUCAGCAUGGAAAUUACGGCAAGAAGGAUAUGACUAUUUCAAAGCAAAAGAUACCCAAGCUUGAAGUUCCUGGUUGAUUUUCUCUUGGGCCUGACACAAAAGGCACAUUGUAUCGCAUCAUCGUCCUUUGAGAGAUUCUUUUCCGUUACCAACAAGCAUUGAAAGGAUU